AUGCACGCAAAGAGUGUCCCGAAUGUCGACAACCGUUCACCACAAGAAAGAGAUCCAAGGCUUCAGUCGACGAUAAUAAUAUGUGACUUCGAGUGGAAUGGCUGUCCAGAAGCGGUGGCAUUGGAGUCGAUGUCAACACAUGUGAAGACAUGUGAACACAAGAAGUGCAAGAAGUGUGGACACAGUGUUGGACAGACACCUGAAGACAGACACACAGAUGACGUGUGUAUUAAACUGUUGCUGAAAGACAGCAAUGAAUUGAACGAAAAGUUACAGAAUUUGCAGAAUAAUUACAAAAGCGUUGAAAACGACAAGAAUUUACUGACAAAACAGAUGAAAGAAAUGAAAGAAAAUGCUUCGGAAAUGGAUGUCAAGUACAGGGAACUGGAGGCCAAACACCAGAAUUUGAAGGAAUCAAUGGAUAGCGUGUCUAAAAGCAAUAUAAAGCAAAAGCAUGAGUCGGUUGACUCGAAACCCGUUGAGACCAAUACUGUCGACAAAACCGCCGAUGAAAUGAAGACAAUUGAGGACAACGUUAAACAGACGGCACACAGACUUCGGGACACUUUACACGUCCAAUACAUACUGUUCGGCACCUAUAGGACAGUCCCAAAGUCAGUGGAGUUGUAUGAGGACGGCAUCCAAAUUACAGACAUUCAGCCAAACAAUGGAAAUCGAAAAUUCAAAUAUGAUUUUAUAUUACAAUUCAAUGAUAUGCAACGCCUGGCCAUUUGCACCGACCCCUCACUGCCCCUCUUAUGUAUUAAACCCGUGGAGGACUACAAUCGUAUGGUUCAAAAGGGACUCCAUUUGGGAAGUAAUUCUCCGAAUGGUCUUCGGUUUGACAUCAAUUCCUAUGAUACGAGUGAACAGAAUAUAGUGAUUGUAUUGAAAGAGAGAAUCAGCGAUGAGUUUGUGGUACUAUUGAGCGAUCAACUCAAGCGUCUGAACAGACGCUGUAAUUGUCAUCUAAUUGGUUUGGCUGAUGCACAGGUAGUUGUGUCAACGAAUGUGUCCGAACCACAGACAACCCGCACUUCUAUUGACAAUAUCAUAGAGUCUGUGGUCAGUGAGCACUGGUAGCCACCAAUCAAUUCAGUUUACUUGUUAUUACUACGGCAC